AUGCACACGACAGAGUUGCUAUCGCCGUGCGCCAUCGCCGAACCGACUGUCGCCUCCGCCACCUCGCUACUCUCGCCGCCGGCGGAGGACAUCAGCAUCGAGUCGCCCCUGGACUGCGACUCGCUCAUCGUGGCUGACGAGAUCGAGGCAUCAGAGCCGCUCGAAACUCCCUCGGCGAGCGCGGCCCUGCGCCCAAGGCCCUUGGCUUCCAUAGAUCACACUCCUCAAACCGCCUGCUCGCAGAUGAUUGACGACGACCCCACUUCACGGGACGCCGACAUGGCGGACGCUGUCGUGGACGCAUGGAUGGAGGCGGGCCGCUACAAACGCCGGCCCUAG